AUGGCUGUGUCCGCCGUGAUGGUUGCGGUGGCGAUGCUGAUGAUGUCGGCGGGGGUGGGCGGCGACUUCGCGGCGGACCAGGCGGAGUGCUCGGACACGCUGGUGGGGCUGGCGACGUGCCUGACGUACGUGCAGGAGCAGGCGACGGCGUCGGCGCCGACGCCCGACUGCUGCGCGGGGCUCAAGGCGGUGCUGCAGAGCAACCGCAAGUGCCUGUGCGUGCUGAUCCAGGACCGUGACAACCCCAACCUGGGGCUCAAGCUCAACGUCACCAAGGCGCUCGGCCUCCCCGCCGUCUGCAACGCGCCCGCCAACAUCUCCGACUGCCCCAGGCUGCUGAACCUGCCGCCGGACUCCAAGGACGCGCAGGUGUUCGAGCAGUACGCGAAGCAGGCAGCGGCACAGGGCAGCGCACCCAGUGGCGGCGGCAGCGCGGCGCCCGCGACCGCGCAGAAGAACGGAGCGGCGGCAGGUCCGCGCAAGCGGUGUGGGAUGGAGCGGCAGCCGGCAGUGGGGAUGGAGCGGCAGCCGGCAGUGGGGAUGGAGCGGCAGCCGGCAGUGGGGAUGGAGCCCUUGCUGGAUUCGGAGCAGGCUGGCGCACCGGCGGAUCCGGAGCCAUAUCCACCGCCCCGGAGCCGGAUCCACCGCCUCCGUCUUGGAUCUGCUGCGCUGCGUCGGAGUCGGAUCCACCGCCGCCCUUGGGAUCUGCCAGCGUCGAGUCGGAUCCGCCGCUCUGCUUGA